AUGGACAAGAUCCUCAUAUCUGAAGAUCGUUAUGGACGAAAGCAAAAUCAUUUUGAAGAUGAUGAUUUAAUUGAUCGUCUUAAUAGUCGAUAUACAGUUAUGGUGUUAAUGUUGUCUCAAUUUUCCGGUACACAUAAUGCUUAUACAAACAGUAUUUGUUGGUUAAAAGGAUCCUAUUAUCUACCAACUGAAGAAAUUACAAUUCCUGAUCGAUCAAAGCCUAGACCUUACCAUAUGUCUUAUUAUCAAUGGACACCAUUUAUUCUACUUGGCAUGGCAAUGUUUUUUCUUCUUCCUAAAUUUAUUUGGCAUGUAUUUACACGAAAAGGUGG